UUCUUUUAUUAGUGUCCCUGGCUCAAAAAAAGAAGGCAGUAGAAGAUGUGGAGCUUCAGAAGAGAUCCAGAGAGGAGCAACAACAUACCAUUCAAGAAAUGCUGCAUUAUCUCACAUAUUACAAGAAGAGAGAGAUUUUAACCGAACAUACUAAAGAGUUAUGUGGAAUUUUCCCUUCAUAUCUAAGCAAGGAUCCUAACAAGUACACUAUUGAAGAGAAGCACUUAUCACCCAAAAAUAAUAGUGGAAUCCUGGCUCUUUUGAAGCAAGGGCAAAAGUUGUGUACUGACAAGCUGAUUACUACUGGCCUCCAUUGUCUUGCCUGCACUUUGUUUCCCAUCAAUCAUAUCACUCAUUCUUACAGGUGUGAGACAGAGAGGGACAAGAUCAUCCAAGAGGAACAACACCUGAAGGCUGAUCCACACCUGAAGUGUGAGUUUGUUGGUUGA